CAUUAAAAGGAAUUGACUCGGUCUCCAGUUGCCGAACGAGUGUGGAGUGGGUAAACAAGAAGAUGAGUGCGAAGUGGGAGAGAAGACGGUCCAGUAAGACGGCGCCCACAUCUCUGGAGGUGAGGGAGCGCUGGCCGCUCCACUGGCUGGUAUGGGAGGGAAGAGACGCGGAGCUAGAGGCGGCUCUGAGAGACGAAGAGUGCGAGGGGGAGCAGGUGGACCCGAGAGGACGGACCCCGCUGCACCUGGCAGUGUUACUGGGGAAGGUUCGGUGUGCUGAUGUCCUCCUCCGAAACGGAGCCAACACCCCUCGCCUUCAACAGACACAACUGGACUGGUGACCCCUCUCCCCUCUUUCCUCACCUCGCCUUUCCUUCUCAUUUUCUCAUAUGCACACUUUCUCUGUCUCUUGCACAGACACAGGGUUCUUUCUUUCCUCUUUUGUCCCAUUCUCCCCCUCUUGUGUUAUUUUAAACCCUCUUCCACGCCCUCUUUUUUCUUUCUCUUGUGCCCCCAUCUCUCUUUCUCUCAUCUCCCUCUGUACUCCACCUCUCCCUCACCAACAGUGUUACAGGAGUGCGUGGCGCAGGCCAGCCCGGAGCUGAUAGGGAUGGUCCUCCGCUACAGGGACCAACAGCAGUCAAAACUCAGGUCUCAAGAGAUACCUCUCAUGUUGGACAGACUCCAGACGACUCCAGACUACUACAUCGAGAUGAGAUGGGAGGUCAGCUCAUGGGUUCCUUUCUUGUCUCGCAUGUGUCCCAGCGACACCUACAAGAUUUGGAAGAAAGGCACCACAGUUCGAGUGGACACAACUCUCGUUGGCUUCCAACAGCUGACCUGGCAGAGGGGGAACCUCUCCUUCAUAUUCAGAGCCACUGCAAAUGGAACCGUCAUAUCGGAAGUGAACCAUGACACGCACACAGUGGUGGAGCAAGAACUGAAGAUUGUCGAGUAGGUCUUACUCAACCCAUUCCUCUCCUCUCUCUCUUCUUUUCUGCUAAACAACCGCACAGGGUUCUACUAGUCAAGAAUGCUAAAAAUUCGCGGAAUGUAUAUACCGUGCAGCUACUCCCUAAUUUUGAACGCACUUGCACACCAACUUAUAUCACUCCCCCCCACUCCUUAUGAAUGCUCCCCCCAGACGAGAUCCAGUAGAGACGAUGAUGUCACAGGAAGUGGGCGUGGUCCAGAGACUCUCAUCUCCCAUUGUCUCCACCUCAGUUGACACCAGUUCCGUCAGUUUUCAGAGGCAGAAGAGUGGGUUUUGGGGGUUCAGAUCUGACAAAGUGGAGACUAUACAUGGAUAUGAGUCAAAGGUGUUCUCAGCUACUGGUCUGGACAUUGUGUCUCGAACGAGAGUGGAACACUUGCCGGAGACCGAGAAGAGCAAACACAAGGCUGUCAAUCCACUGCAGGAUUUCUUAGGAGCCGCCCAGGAUCACAUCAACACCUCCGCCCAGGCCGCCGUCGCACAGCCGCCACCCAGCAACCAGACUCCUCCCCCUAGCAACCAGGCCACACCCUCUCUCUCGAUGGAGGAGUACUUUCAGUCUCCUAGGAACCCCAAGGACUACGACCCUAUAGGUAGGCCGGCAGAGGUGGCCUCUCGAGUCCAGCGACUGAAGGCGACUGUCUGGCUGGCCGAAGACUUUCCUCUCUCUCUCCAGGAGCAGAUCAUGCCCAUCAUUGACCUCAUGGCUCUGAACAACUCCCACUUUGCUCAGUUGAAGGACUUCAUCUCUCUACAGAUGCCCUCCGGCUUCCCCGUCAAAUUCGAGAUUCCAUUGUUCCAUGUAAUGACGGCUAGUGUCACAUUUGGAAACGUCAACGGACACACAAACCCCGCCCCCCACAUCUCGCUGCACAUGGAGCAGGGGAGGGUGGAGCCUGUUGCCGUGACGACACCCACCAGGGAUUGUCAAUGGAGGGAGUACGGAGUGACACGUAGAGGACGGUCGAGGAGAGGGGAAGUGGUGAAGACAUUCCUACAGCUACUGGGUUGGUUCCUGCAGCUACUAGAUCUGAAAGUCGUGAGGUGUGUACGAUAUCUGAGGAGUGUUUCGCCGUCCCAGCGGGCUACCGUCGACUGACGAGAGGUCGGCAGGCAAUGGCGGACGAGGAGGAAGAACUUCUGCAGCUGGCCAUCCAGCAGAGCCUGCUAGAGGGCGGGGCAGGGAGGGAGGAGAGGGAGGAGGAGAGCAGAGAGUCGGCUGGUAGCAGUGGACAACAGGAGAUGACGUUGACAGAAGCACUGAAUGACUCCUCGAUCCUAUC